CAUCCACCUCCCACUACCACUACUUCUUCUACCACGCACAUCAUUGCUCGUGUAUAGCAUACAGUCCAUUAGAUCACACUUGCAUCCGCUAGAUUUGAUCGCUCUCCGACUGCAUCGCCUUGCCGUGCAACGCUCGGUUAUUCAAUCAUCCAACAAUUACAGAGACACAACAGAGACAUACUAACCAACACAACGACAAUAGCGUCUCAGGAUCCAUUCAGUUGAGAAUCUUGAGAUAUCACUGAAUUGCUGGACCCAAGCACGGACUUCCACGACAAGAUCUGGUUGCUUAAUCGACACCAUUACUAACCGCCGAAACAUCACUUUGAUAUUCGGUACUACAGGGACUUCGAUCGAAACAUUAAGUUGUCCAUUCGAUCAUUAAUCACACAGUCAUCAUGGCAACAUCAGCUGUGUCAACUCCUCUGAAAAGCCAUCAUGGCAUCUUCUCCACAAAGACUGCCGGCGGCAGAAUGCCUCUCACACCAUCACCGAGAAGUAGAACGACAAGCAUGCCCCAGAAUGUCUCUACCACCUCAUCUCCUUCUACUCCUCUGCGAAAAGACCAAUCAAUCCACAAGUCAGAUCCCUCCACCUUCUUCUCACGAUCAAUUCCACGAUCAGUCUCCAAGUUAGCCUACGCCAACUCCCCCAAAUCCAACAUUGCCAGAACCAAACAGUCACCGAAGCAACUCGACCUUGGGGUCUCAGAGUGGACUUUGGCUGGCACUGGACCACACACUUCAACCCCAUCGAGGGAGAAGUCAAGGAAAGAGACUGCGCUGAGAUCAAGGACUGGGAAAACCACAAUCAGACUCCCACACAACACCGCGGACCGUUUCAUCCCCAACCGUGGUGCCAGUGCAGGUCUUACCACAGCGGGCGCAGCCAAGCCUGACGAGAACACACGUCCGCGCUCUGCUGACGGAUCUGUCGUGCUCGCAAAUGCUGCUAGUGCUUUUGACAUCUCUGCUCGAGGAGCCGAUGCAGACAUCACAACCGCUCUUGAAGGCCUCGGCUUGGAGGAUGACAGCGCACCUUCGUAUACUCGCUCGAACAAAGAGUCUACUGCCUACGAAUCAUCUCUGGCUUCUGCCUGCGGCAUCUCUACCAGCCAGCGAAUCCUGGAAUUCAAGCCAGCUCCUCCCGAGUCAUCCAAGCCUAUUGACCUCCGAUCACAGUACAACCGGCCAUUGAAGCAGGCCAAUGCUCAAUCUGCGCAGUUCCGCAGACGCAUCCAGUCUGCUCCCGAACGCGUGCUAGACGCCCCUGGCCUCGUUGAUGACUACUAUCUGAACUUGCUCGACUGGAGUGCCGGUAACCAAGUCGCUAUUGGACUGGAACGCAAUGUCUACGUCUGGUCUGCCGACAGUGGCACCGUGAGCUGCUUGUUGGAGACAUCCCCAGACACAUACAUUAGCAGUGUGAAAUGGUCUGGUGACGGCGCUUACGUCGGAGUGGGCCUCGGGACUGGGGAAGUACAGAUCUGGGAUGUCGAAGAGGGUACCAAGCUUCGAAGCAUGUUCGGCCACGAAACCCGUGUCGGCGUGAUGGGGUGGAACAAGCACACCCUGUCGACUGGCGCCCGCAGUGGACUCGUCUUCAACCACGACGUCCGUGUUGCUCAGCACAAGGUCGCUGAAUUGGUCUCCCACACCUCCGAAGUGUGCGGCCUCGAAUGGCGCUCCGAUGGUGCUCAACUCGCGACUGGAGGCAAUGACAACCUCGUUUCCAUCUGGGAUGCUCGGUCUCUCGCCGCUCCCAAGUUUGCCAAGAAGAACCACCGCGCCGCCGUCAAGGCUCUUAGCUGGUGCCCAUGGCAAUUGAAUCUCUUGGCUACGGGAGGUGGCUCAAAUGACCGCCACAUCCACUUCUGGAACACCACGACCGGGGCUCGCGUCAACAGCAUCGACACUGGAUCGCAAGUGACGAGCUUGAAGUGGAGCAACCAUUACCGUGAGCUGGUUAGCUCUGGCGGCUUCCCUGAUAACUCAUUGAGCAUCUGGAGCUAUCCUACCUUGGUCCGAAAUGUGGAAAUUCCUGCACAUGAAACCCGGGUCCUCCACAGCUGCCUAAGCCCUGACGGACAGAUGUUGGCUACAGCGGCGGCUGAUGAGAGCUUGAAGUUUUGGAAGGUAUUCGAGCGGAAGGCGGGAGUGAGUGCUUCAGCCUCGAGAGAGGGCGGCGUUGGAAAGGGCGGAGCAAUGGCAAAGCAGAUGACCAUUCGGUAAAUGCUGGCCCUUGACUCUACGGGCGACCGGUACUUGUCCUUUUCAUGCAAGGUGUUGGGGUUGAUUUGGGGGCCAUAACUUGGGCCACGAACGACGAUAAUGAUGAGGCUCUUCUUUUCUUACCUGGAAAGGACCAUGACAUGGGUGUACUUUGCUCCAUGAUGAAUCCGUGCUGUACGACUUUCUUCCUCCUUGUUUGAUUUUUGCAGUGUGAUGGAUAGCAACAAUCCACAAACUCUCUGGCUCGGAUCUUGCAGAGUUAGCUAGCUGUUGAUAGAGUAUGUGAAGUUGCUUGAGCUGAACAAAAAUAAAGGGCCCUAAUUGUGUGCG